CAGGGAGCUGCAGAGGCAGAGCGCAGCCGCUCAGCGCAUCAACAUCACUGCAUGAAUGACGGCGCACUUGACCGACGCAGGGGAGCUCUCCGACGCUUCACACGAGCCGUGUGCGAGCGCUUCGUCCGUUUGAGCUGGAUUUACAACACAUCACCUCUCUACAACUUAACGGAUACACCCGCAGCCGCCUGACCGAGACAUGUCACCGUGAUGUUACAGCCUCCAUCAUCGCUGGGAAAAAAAAACAAUGAAGAGAUGACCGGCUUGUAGAGCUGACAGGCAAGUGUCUGCGCUAACAGUGUGCAGCAGAGGAGCUGACGGUAAAUGAGAGGCCGUCACCAUGCCCCCGGGGAAGUAUGGGAUGCAGGAGGAAUGGGAGAAGGAGGGGGACCUGGAGAUGGACUUCCUGCUGCCGACUGGGAUCUUCCUCAAAUUCCCUGUGUCUCCAAACGACACCAUCAAAAGCAUCAAAAAAAUGGUUUGGAAAAAUGCCAGAAGCGAAGCCCUGUUCAGCGCACUGGGUGAUCCCGACGCAUACGUCUUCACUUGCAUCAACCAGACAGCUGAGAGGGAAGAACUGGAGGAAGAAUCGAGGCGCAUAAGCGACGUGCGGCCCUUCAUGUGUGUUCUGAGGCUGGUGGCGAGGGAGGGCGACCGAGUGGAGAAACUCACUAACACCCAGAUCAGCUUGUUAAUUGGCAAAGGUCUGCAUGAGUUUGAGGCCCAGAAGAACCACGAGGUGAAUGAGUUUCGGACGAAGAUGCGUACGUUUUGUGAAGAAAAGGCUCAGGAGCGGCAGAUGUUACCAUGGCAGCAGUGGUUGGAAUACAGCUUUCCAUGCGAGCUGGAGCCAUGCUGCUCUCCGCAGCAGAGUGGUAGCAUGAAGUCAAAAAACACCAAGAAGAUUUUCAUCAAUGUCAAGUUUGAGGCUUGUGAUGAGAGCUUCAUGCUGCAGCAGGACCCUCAGGACCCCCCAGUGGUUCUGAUGAAGAGCGCCCUGAAGAAGAAGGCCACCGUCUUUCGCUCAGUACGCCAGGAGCCUGAGGACUACACCUUACAGGUCAAUGGGAGGUGGGAGUUCAUCUAUGGGAAACAUCCUUUGUGCCAGUUCAAAUACAUAUUCUUGUGUUUGAGAAAUGGCCAAAACCCUCACCUCACCAUGGUGCACCACACCACCAUCAGCAAAUAUCAGGAGGAGCAGGGCAGAAUGUGCAGCCAGGCAUACAAGAGUCGCUCCUUGUCCAGACCUCCUCCGCUGCCCCUGAAGAAGCAGAAUACGUCCUCUCUGUGGUCCAUCAAUGAGCCUUUCUACAUUCACCUGCUGCAGGGCAGCCGAGUCAAUGCAGACGAAGGAAUGAAGCUUGUGGUGCAGGCCGGUCUGUUCCAUGGCAGCGAACUCCUCUGCAAGGUGGUGACAACCUCAGAGGUGGCAGUCAGCUCUGAGCCACUGUGGGAUCAGAAGCUGGAGUUUGACAUAAACGUGGCUGACCUGCCUCGCAUGAGCCGCCUGUGCUUCGCGCUCUACGCUGUCAUUGAGAAAACCAAGAAACCCCGCGGCACUAAAAAGAAGAAUAAGAAAGCGGAUUGUCCGAUAGCCUGGGUGAACACCAUGGUGUUCGACUACAAGGACCAGCUGAAGACUGGGGAGUUCCUCUUGUCCACAUGGCCAUCUGUUCCUGAUGACAAAAGCGACCUGUUGAACCCGAUGGGAACGGUCGAGAAGAACCCAAAUGUUGACAGUGCUGCCGGACUUCUCAUUCGUUUCCCAAACAUCCGGCCACAUCCUCUCUAUUACCCUCCACUAGACAAGGUGAGUGACAUGGAGAAGAACGGUGAUGCAGCUAUUGCCACAAAAGAAGAGUACAUGAAACUAAAAGAAAUCAUGGACAACAAAAACUACACCGAGUUUUUCGAGGACGAGAAGGAGCUCCUGUGGAAAUUCCGCACAGAAGUCCGUGACCGUUUUCCUGAAAGUCUGUCCAAGCUGCUCCUCAUUUCCAAGUGGAAUCGGCGUGAGGACGUAGUUCAGAUGGUGAGUUUACUGAGGCACUGGCCGGACCUCCCUGCCAUCCAUGCCUUGGAGCUCUUAGACUAUAGUUUUCCCGAUCCAGCGGUCCGUUCUUUCACAAUCAGGUGCCUCAGGAAGCUCAGUGAUGAUGAACUGCUGCAGUACUUAAUUCAGCUGGUCCAGGUCCUAAAGUACGAGUCCUACUUAGACUGUGACCUCACCACUUUCCUGCUAGAAAGGGCUUUGUCUAACUGGAGGAUAGGACACUUUCUGUUUUGGCAUCUCAGGUCAGAGGUUCAUGUGGCGUCCGUGAGUUUGCGUUUUGGCCUGAUUCUAGAGGCCUACUGCAGGGGAAACAUCCACCACAUCAAGCUCUUAACCAAACAGAUCGAGGCUUUGGGCAAAAUGAAGGCCCUGAGUGACUUUGUCAAGUCGGGCUCCCAGAGGAUGACAGCAGAUGACCUGAAGCUGUGUAUCAGGCAGGAGUCGUACCUGGAGGCCCUGUCAGACCUGCUGUCACCGCUCAACCCCAGCAUCAUCCUCACUGAGAUCUGUGCAGACAAGUGCAGGUUCAUGGACUCCAAGAUGAAGCCGCUCUGGCUGAUGUAUAAAAACCCCUGUGCUCAGGGUGACUUGGUGGGAAUCAUUUUCAAGAACGGAGAUGAUCUUCGACAAGACAUGUUGACCCUCCAGAUGAUCCAGCUUAUGGAGAAUUUAUGGAAGAGAGAAGGCCUGGAUCUCAGGAUGAUCCCAUAUGGCUGCUUGUCCACCGGGAACAAGAUGGGGCUCAUUGAGGUAGUGAAGAACUCUGACACCAUCGCCAACAUCCAGCGCAACAGCAGCAACAGUGCUGCCACCGCUGCCUUCAACAAGGAUGCCCUGCUCAACUGGCUCAAAUCUAAAAAUCCUGAGGAGAAACUUGAUCAAGCAAUAGAGGAGUUCACGCUGUCCUGCGCUGGCUACUGUGUAGCUACUUAUGUCUUGGGUAUUGGAGAUCGUCACAACGACAAUAUCAUGAUCAGGGAAACUGGACAGCUGUUCCACAUCGACUUUGGGCACUUCCUGGGCAACUUCAAGCGAAAACUGGGGAUCAACAGGGAGCGUGUGCCUUUCAUCUUAACCUAUGACUUCGUCCACGUGAUCCAACAAGGAAGAACAAACAACAGUGAGAAGUUUGAGAGGUUCAGAGAGUACUGCGAGCGGGCCUAUAAGAUCCUGUGUCGCAACGGGACACUGUUCGUCAACCUCUUUGCUAUGAUGAAGGCAGCAGGACUGCCGGAGCUCACCUCCUUCAAAGACAUCCAGUAUCUAAAGGACUCUUUAGCUUUGGGCAAAUCAGAGGAAGAGGCACUGAAGAAUUUCAAAGUGAAGUUCAAUGAAGCUCUGCGGGAGAGCUGGAAGACGAAGGUCAACUGGAUGAUGCACUCCUUGGCCAAAGAUAAUAGACCGUGAAGAGCAUCGCAUCAAGGAAACCUGAACACUGACCAAAAAAUUGCGGAUUUCAAUUUAUGGAGAUAAAAGGGAAGAAAACACAAAAAUAUUUUACUUUACUGAUGGCAUUCAAAGACACUCCGCAAAUGUUUACAUCUGACUAGCCCGUCUGUGGUUAAUAACGACUAAAUGGAGACAUCCAAAGAUGAUACAACCACUCAGCUUAAUCUCAACAAAGAGAUAUUGUCGCAAUGAAGGAAAUCACUCAUCUUUCUCCCCUCAAGCACGCCUGUGACUCGAGGACGUAUCGACAGUAAACAUAAACCUGCUUCUCUGAUAUGUUAAAAUUGCCAAUUGAAAACCACCUGCACGUGCAAAAGUGUCAUGAAUCACGGAAACAGAAGCAGAGACUGAAAGUUCAUCUCACUGACUGCAUCGCUCUGCAGAGAGCAAACUGCAGACAAACUUUAUGAAGACCUUAGACAACACCAUAACAAGAUCCAUUACAGGGCGACAGUUUCACCUCAAGUCAACUUUUGUACGGUUUACGACACUGGAUGGAUGUUGUAUUUCCUCUCAUUUCAGCUGCCUAUUUGCAAAUGUGUCUUGUUUGUUUCAUAUUUUAUUGUAUUUUAUUUAAUUAGGAAGCCCGGAAUUACUUGUACAAAGUCAUGAAGGAUAUUUUGAGAAGAGGUUGUGUUUUACUGCUGUUUUGAUGUGUAAUAUUGCCUUGAAGUGCAGUUUGUUGCCUUUGGAGUGCCAGGAGACAGAAAGCAUUGUAGCAUUUACCAUUUAUUUUAAGAUGAGAACAUAACUUUUAAUGGGACCUGUGUGUACCAUGCUGUGUCACUAAGCAGACCUUUACCAAACAGCUACUACACAUUAUACAAGGUACAAGGUAGAUUUGUUUGUCAUCUUUUCAAACAUAGUUUAAGAAAAAAUGAAAUUAAAGUUGACCCUAAAUCCUGCUGCAUCUUUUUGGCAUAGAAGGAGGAGUUGAAGAGUCUCACAGUCUGGGGAAAGAAGCUGCUCUGUAGUCUGGUGGUUUUGCAGCGGAUACUUCUGUAUCUUUCCCCAGAUGGCA